AUGGCUUCUCGAAAUGAUUCCGCCUCUCAUCCAUUUUUGAACCUCCGAAGCUGGAGAAACUCACAAUCAAACCCUCCUUCUGAGCGAUUGCAUGUGCCAUUCCUGGGUGACGAUGGAGGCGAACUUGGUACACUAGAAGGGCUAGUCUCGACCCACAAUGGACUUUAUUUCCUCUUCAAUUUCAUGAACACUUUCGCUGAUAGCUGUGUCGACCAGACGACCGGAAAACGAAACUUGGUCAAAGUUUACAGGAUCCAGGACUUCAGGGAAGACGAUGACUCUGACAGGCGAUUCAAACGGGGCGAAUGGCCGUCGAAGUGUUGUCCUUUUGAUGGCCCUCCCUAUGAUGUCGGAUAUGACGCAGCUAUUCAAGACGAAAAAAGGACAAUCUCGAUCAAAGCCAUCCCCUACUUCCGAACACAAGACGAUGACGGUCACCCAUUCACGAAGGCUCUUUACGAUCACUCCAACUCACUACCUUCUGAGAUCGAGAAAGAGAAUUUCAAUGAUGUGCUGGAUUCUAUCCUCUUCACCUUCUUUGACCAGGUCGUCCAGCAAAUCCUCAAGCACUGUGAAAAGAUCCAUGUUAAGCUUCGCUCGCUCGCUCUAUGCGUCCCUCAGACAUGGUCAAGACGUGAGACUCCCAUCCAGGAAUAUCUCAGCCCCAUCAUCGAUAAGACAGUCAUGGGACAAGAUGUUGAGACUUUGUUUGCCCUCGAGGCCCAAUGCCAGGCUCAAUUUCUCAUCCAUAGGCACCCACAGGAUUUGCGUAAUUGCAAUGAGCUAAUGGUCCUCGACUUCGGUGGACACUCCAUGGGUGGCUCAGACAGCGAGAUACAUUGGGGGGCCGGAGGCGACCGACCUCGAUUCCACGCUACGCCACGAGGCGAUUUCGGCGUUCGGGGAGGCUACGAGCUGUGGGAACUUGGCAUCAGCCGCUGUAUUGACAGGGCCAUGGGCAAGAAUCCAAAAAGGUACCCCCUUCACAAGCGUCAUGUCAUAAGGUCAAGGCUGCUCGAGAGCUUCUUCAACUCAAAAUCCAGGAUCAGUCUUGAACGCCCGCAUCGCCUGAAUGCCGACUUGGUAGGUGAUUUUGGCGCCUCAAGGGCUUCGUAUACAGUCACAAUCACAGCUGAACAGCUCAAGCGAGAAUGGGAAUCAGCGUUCCGCGAACCCAUCAACUUGGCAACUCAGAACAUCAGGCUUGUGGCCAUGACAGGACGGAGAGUCCAAGUCUUGCUCACCGGAGGAAGCGCCAAUAGCCGGAAUCUGAGAGAUGAGAUCAAAGACGUCUGCGCCAGACUUUGCGAUCAAGGCGUGGACAUCACCUGCAAGAAUGUUGCGAAGGAAUUGGACGUUGUCAUGGCACCUAAAUGGAGCAUCGCGGAAGGGGCGGCAUGCUGCCAUGCCCUCGCUAUGGAGGUUGAGGAAUUCUUCGACCUCGGCGCAGCUUUGGCUGUGCAGACAUGGACGACUACAGAUUCUGGAGGUCAGUGCGGUUCAGAUACCGGUGAGCUUUUGUUCUGCAAGGAAAACGGGGGAGAGCGACAUGGCAGCAUUGACGUAGAGAUCGCGGACACCAAAACGAAGUUCAGGAUCAUCGCCAACCCAUUCCAGGUGGCACCUCAAGGGAAAGGAGCGAGCAGCAAGAGCGUCUUGGUGCGACAAUCCUACGAUGUCUGGGACAUUGUGCUGGAGUAUCUACCGAGCUCUGGAGUGGGACCGCUUCCCAUCCCGAAUGGCAAGCAUAUCCUCGAGGUGGCCGAGAUGGUCUACAACAGCCGAGAGGCCAUAUUGGUGCUCCGGAUGCGGCCCAACUUUUCGCCAGGCUCUCGAAGAUCGGAGAGAAUCUUGAGGAAGCACGCCAUCGACCAGGUCUACGACUGGAGUCUACUCUUCCAAGUCCCUUUGACAUCGUGUGGCCCUAGCAACCUGGUUGAGCUUGAUAUCGACCUUGUCCGGGGCCGGUUCUGGACGGUUGAGGGGGAUGAGAAUGGCUCUCAUCCCAUGGAAGACCGCGAAAGCCGAGAAGCCAGCGUGGAGCUGGGCACUCCAUCACCGCCACCGGCAAAGCGCAGGAAGGGGUCCGAUGGGUUCUUCAGGGUCGAAGUAGAUUCGCGAGACGACUUUGGGCUGCGUUAG